AUUUCAUCGAAUUUGAUUCGCAGGAUGUCUGCGCCUUUAUCAUUGACUAUUUUCUGGGUUUGGGCCGUGUUUCUUGUGCAUUCUGUGAGCCAGCAAGAUGUGCCUGGGAGGAAGUUCGAAUACAAGUUUAGCUUUAAAGGACCAUAUCUCUCGCAAAAAGAUGGAUCUGUACCAUUUUGGCAGUAUUCUGGAAAUGCCAUCGCAAGUGACGAAAGCGUGAGAAUAACGCCAUCGUUGCGUAGUCAAAAGGGCCAGAUUUGGUCUAAGCAGAAAACUGAUUUCGAAUGGUGGGAAGUCGAGCUUGUGUUCAGAGUGAGCGGUCGUGGGCGAGUUGGUGCUGAUGGAUUAGGAUUUUGGUUCACGGAAGCCCGGGGUAGAGAAGGACCAGUUUUCGGAUCUUCCGACGCUUGGAAGGGUUUGGGAAUCUUUUUCGAUUCCUUCGACAAUGAUAAUAAGCACAAUAAUCCUUACGUGAUGGCUGUCCUCAACGAUGGCACUAUGCGAUUUGAUCAUCAGAAUGACGGUGUUACUCAGCAACUAGCCGGUUGUCUCCGGGAUUACCGAAACAAACCGUUUCCCGUGCGUGCAAAAAUUGAAUACUUGCGAAACGUGUUGACGGUGCAGAUCCAUAAUGGCAUUACCAACAAUCCGAAUGAUUAUGAAAUGUGCUUCCGAGCCGAGAAUGUUCAUCUUCCCCCGUCCGGGUACUUUGGAGUCAGUGCGGCAACAGGGGGUUUAGCCGAUGAUCACGAUGUUUUAAAGUUCCUCACGCAUUCCCUCCAUCCCGGCAUCUCUUCCAAUCUUCCGCAUGGGCAAUUAUCCGAAGCUGAAAAGCACAAAUUGGAACAGGAAUACGAGAACUUCCAACAGAAACUUGAUUCGGAGCGGAAAGCCUACCAUGAAAAGCAUCCGGAAGCGAAGAAAGACGAGGGACACGAUUACGAAUGGUUCGAAGAAGAACAAACGCGUGAGCUGAGGCAGAUUUUCCAGGGCCAAGGCAAUAUGAUGCAGGCUUUGCAGGAUUUGCAUCGAAAAGGUGGAAUGGUUCCUCCUCCUGCUGUUGGAACGAAUGUCAUGCAAAGACACGAGGUGGAGCAACUUUUAGGUGCAACCAGGGAAUUGUUGCAACUCGGACGGGAUAUCAAGGCAUACACUGUCGAGAUCCAUCAGAAAUCUUCCGAGCUCAUCAACAACCAGGCGAGACAACCAGUUGGACAAGGAUCAGUGCAGCCAAUUGGCUACGAUGUUCACGCAGUUAUGAAUGAGUUGAAAGAAAGCGUGCAUUCGUUGAAAAGAGACCUUGGGAAAGGGUCUGUCGCUCCCUGCGACGUCAGUCAAAUCAAGUGCUUAUCCGUUUCUUUCUUCUUGAUGCUGUUGGUGAUACAAACCUGCGCUUUGGCAGGGCUUUAUGUGUGGAAAUCUUCCAGGGAAAACAACCUCAAGAAAUUUUACUGAAGCGUGUCUCGGCAACCCGAAAUUUUCCGUGUUCAUCCAGUCAUUUCCCUUUUUUUGUUGUCGAAAAUCGGGUGUCCGGAGAAUGAUUCUUUAUACAUAUGUAUACCAUGAAAAUCACCGACUUUCCUGGUGCUGUGACGUGUUUCGUGAAUCCGUGUGCCGGAAGCUGAAGAGUAUCUCUCUUGAUGAAGUUUCUGGUCUGACAGAAUGGAGGAGAUGGAAGAGAAUCGUUGGCUUCCCUGGAUAGCUUGAAAAAAAGAAAGGUUUUACCCCGUUUCAAAAGUGUGACGAAAACCUGCGUUGAAACUCGUCGGAUUUUUUUUUUGCGUUAUUCUUGCUGGUAAAUUCUAAAUUCGGGAUGUGAUCACUUUGAAUCGCGACUGCCCUUGAAUAUUAUCAGGCUUUUUUCUUCUAAAUGACACUUGUAUCGAAUCUUUCAGAAUAUCUGCGGUUAGGAGAAAAGAGAGAGAGAAAGAAAAAAAUGAGUACAAAAGGUUGUUUCGGUGAGUGAACGGACGUUUAAAUCCUCGCGUAUUCGUUCCGACAGCUGCAAACUAUCAAAAAAUCUCAUUUUAAUCAUCGCAUCUCCUCGAGCUUUUUAUGGAGUCUUAUGAAUGAUUUGUUGAUCAUGUGUAUGGUGCGGAAAUAGGUAUUCCCCUAUUGGCACAAAACGGAGAGUCGCUCUAGUGGUUUAAUGUCUAAUGCCAUUACCUUGAUGGGGGACGGUUGUUGAUUUUAUUUUUAUUUUGGCAAUGUGAGUACCGUAUUCACUUGACCAUGGGCCGCACUUUCCCUGCUGAAACUGUACUUGGUGUGGCCGAUAUUUUUUGUAUAGGCCACUUUGUCUUGGAGGAUUUGGCAUGUAUUCAAUGUACAGUGGGUCCUUGAGCAACGAACCUCUAGCAUAAUUAAUUCACGUUUGACCACCAUUUUGCUUUCGAAAACAAGUGAAAGAAGAAAAAAACAACCUUUUUUAAAUUCAAGAAUUUUAAAAAUGUAGAAAAUAUCAUUUCAUAAUAGUAGAUUUUUACAUGAGAAGCACAAACUGUAAUAAAAAGUUGAAUUUAAAGGGAAAUCAAAAUCCUGAGGGAAUUUGAAUUUUCUUCCUGCUUUUAAUUUUUCAUUUUUUUAAAAUAAUUCUCAAUUGAAACUGAUUGCUGAAUUUUCUUCAGUACCAUGUGUGCACUUUAAUUCUCAAAUUUGAGAGGAAAAAGUGUCAAAUGGGGGUAUACAUUUUUCAAAAAGUAUCAAGGUGAGCAUUUUACAGGAGUCUAAUGGGAAAUUUUGGACCAAUUUUAAUCUAACAACUUAUGUUAAUGGAAACAAUUGAAAAUUAUUCAAAUUUGUGUUCAAUUCAUAUCUGAAUUCAAAAUUGGGUGUAGUUAUUUUUGAAAUAUUGUGGUUUGAGAUUCAAAAAAAAAAAUUUGGUACUGUACCUGUCUUGCUUGAGUAUAGGAUUUUAGUGCUUUCCCCAUUGAAAAACCCUGGUGUCCUUGUGAAUUUGUUGGUUACAAAUUUGUAUUUGUAUUCUUGUCUGUUGAAUUUGUGAUGCUCAUUUUCUGUUUAUUACCUUUAUAAUAAUUUUCAAUGAACUGGAACUGUUCAGGUUUUGUUGCUCAAGGCCCCCACCGCCAUGUUGAAUUUUAUUUCCUUUGUUUUUCCUCUGUGUCGAAAGUUGACUGUUCGUGCAAUUGAUGACUUGCCUACUGUUAUUUCAAAGUAAGGUAAUCUUUGUCUCUUGAGAUUUUGUUUGUGAAAAAUCAACUUAAUAUGCGAAUUAUGUUUAUUUUCCAUGCAUAGGCCGCAGCUUAUUUUACGUGAACCAAUUUUGUUGCCUCUUUGGUCGAUUAAAUGCGGUAUUUUUCCUUGGUUUUAAUGUUACGCGUGCGUGUGCAAGAAAUUCUUUUGUCCAUCAUGGAUCAUUUAUAUUUUUGUUUCUUUGCAGCAUCUAAGAAUGAAUUUCAUCCGCAUUUCGAUGGACGAAAGUUGCUCUGUAAUAUUGACGACAUUUUUUUUUGUGCCUCCUGUCGUUCGGUUUUUUUUGAAGAGAGUUUUAUUUUAUUUUGUGAAAUCGGAGUUCGUUUUAACGUUUGAAAAAUUCCAGUUGCAUUGUGAUCGUGUUUGUUCAUGGGGGAAGGUUAUUAAGUGUGGGGGUUUCUGUGUGGAACUGGAAAAAGUGAUUCGCUCUAUAUAUUACUAUUUUUUUUUCCAUCUCCUUGGUUCAUGGAUUCUUUGGCCCGAGGAUAUGUUUUUUGUUCAGGCGGUCCGAUGAAAUUCACGAGAAGAAAAAAAGAAGUUACUUUUCCUUGUUUUCA